UACACUGCAGUUGAGAGAACUAUAACUUGUUUUAGUCACUGCAGUCUAGGCCAGAGAGGUAUCUAGCAUUGAGUAGGAUGCAUUCAAUGCAGUACUGCGUUUCUGUUGUUAUAGUGGCGUGCGUACAUUUGGCUUGCCGGGAGCCAGCUCGGGCUAUGACAGUUAGGGGAACAACAGAAGAGGACUUUCGUUUUCCUCAUCAAAAUAGUUAUUCAGAUACUCACCAGAACGCUGCAAUGACUUCAUCAUCCGCUAGUGCAAAUCAGGGCCAAGCACAGCCUAAAAAUUACAUUUUAACCGACCAACAAUUACACGAUUUAAGACUAGAGAUGAUAAAGAAACAAAUUUUAGACAAACUUCAAAUGACUCACAGGCCAAAUAUCACAACGAACAGGAAUAAACUCCUGCCCGCCCCCUUAGCUCAGAGACUGUUUAAGGACCCGGACUUCCAAGCCACCGAAGCAGUAGAGAGCGAGGGAGAUGAUUUCUACGGAAAAACAACAGAAAUGGUGGUUUUUGCAGAUCAAGAUACGACAAACUGUCGUGGAAGUAAACCAUCUGCUUGCUUCCGGUUUAAUUUGAAAGCAACGAUAGAUCCAGACGAAAUAUCGUCUGCUCACCUGUGGGUGUAUAAGAAAGCGUCCCCAAGACAUCGCAAUGCGACGCUGAUGCUUUCUGAAACCUUCCAGUCCGGGCAUCACCUCGGAGUAAGGUCAAGACGAGUUGCAAUGGCUGACAUAGGUUCUGGUCACGGUUGGUUUGAGUUUCAUGUUAAACACCUGGCAAAGAACUGGCUUGCCAACCCAAAUAACAAGCGUGGAAUUAAAAUUUCAUGCAAAGCAUGCAAAGGGGAUGGAGGUAUUUUUGACAGUGUUCCCGUAGAAACCGAGGGCGACCUUCGGCCAUUCCUUGUCAUAAAAAGUGGACAAUCAAAGAAUCGUCAUCGACAAAAGAGAAAUACUGUUUGUGAUGGAAACACUGCAGAGUGCUGCAAACAGACCUUCUACGUCUCUUUCGAGGCCAUAGGUUGGACAGACUGGAUACUACAACCAAGUGGGUACUACGCCAAUUACUGCAAAGGUUCAUGCGAAGGUAGCACACUGCCGAGAAGCCAUCACACCACGGUGAUACAGACCGCGGCUCUGCUGGAACGCGAUGUGGCAAAACGGGAAGAGCUAACUCCAUGCUGCAACCCGAAGAAAAUGUCCCACAUCUCUUUACUAUACUACGAUAAUGAUGGGAGGAUGUACAAGCAAAACAUGCCCGACAUGGUGGUAGAGUCUUGCGCAUGUUCCUGAUCUUUGUGAUGCCAUAAUGCUUAUUCAUGUUUUCAACUGAUCUCUGUAUUUGUGUGCCAAGUGUAGUGUACUUCAUCAGCCUAAACAAGAAGAAAACGUCGCAGGAGGCGCUUUAUUCCUUGGAACUGGGAUGAAAUACUAACUGCCUCAACAGUAGGAAUUUCCUCAUCCCCCUGGCACUCUUUCAAAGAAGAUAGUUCACAAGUAGUCACUGAGUACCUCUUUGGACAAAACCUACUUUAUGAGUGUAUGAAAUUGAGUGUAUGUAACUGAAACAGGGUGAUAACGUGAGACGGCUAUUCACAGCCAGUUUCAGAGUUCUUGAAAGUAAUAUCCUUACUUGCUCAUCAUUUAAAUCGCAGUUAUUGGUAUGAUGAAAAAAUCUAAGAUUAGGAGUAAAACAACAGGGUUUCUAAAACCCAGGCUAUCUUACUUGAAAUUGAAGACUUUCUGUACAGCAGUUAUUCUUUUAGGUCAUAUAAACCAAUAUUUAUUUGCCAUCAUACUUUGGUCUUUAUAAACUGCAGUCUAAGAGCCACCUACGUGUCCCAUUUGUAAGAGAACACUUGCAGACACACACGCACGCAGACACACACACACACACACACACACACACAUGCUUCGUUAUCUGUUUUUGUUUUGACGUAAUCCUAAGAAUCGAGCCUCUUACUUUUCCCGGUGAGUUUUCGUAACGUAGCGGCUCCUUAAACUGCAGCACUUAAAGACGUGUACUUAAAGAAUUUUAGAUCUCAUCAUCUUUUUUCAUUCAUGUCGUUAGUAGCAUUUAUUUCAUCAAGUCUUUCAUUUUUACGUUAAGUUAGCUUAUUUUUAACGGUUUGUAUUACGUUUCAAUUGUUAUAUAGCCGGUUAAUGUCGUAUCUCCUAGCGUGACAUUAUCUAUUCUGGUAAUGAAGAUGUAGGGUGAUUAAAAAUGGUCCUGGAGUAUGUAAAGAGGAAAAUAAUCAAGAUUAAGCGUAUUACAGGAUGUCUUAUUUUAGCCAGUGACCUUGUAUUUCACGAGCAUGCCAAAAUGAAACAUCACCCAUUAUUUUACAGACAUGAUUUGUAAAAGACGUAUUAUUUCAAAGAUCUCAGCUUGUCGUCAUUCUUUCUUAGAACAGAUGCAUCAGCGUCUCAGUUCAGAGUCAAAGCGCAAUGUGAGUUUGGUUUCAAGGAAUGUACAUGCCUUCCAAUCACUGUAGUUUAUAUUUAACUCUUUUUGAAUAACUGAUCUCUGUCCUCUCCCAUACCAUUUGCAUUUAAGAUUUAACACUCUGGAUUGUGUUUAUUUUAAAAACAAAUAUUGAUUUUAGUGUUUGCAGCAACAUAGUUGUUUGCGAAAGAGAAAACGUGGUAGAAAACGUGGAACAGGCAUUUAUUUUUGCCCAAAAGUCUUUCCUGUAAGAUCCUCGACAGGACACUUUCCAACGACAGGUCAACGCACGACCCGAUUUAAUGGUACACGACCAUCACAUUUCGACUCUGACGUCAUGGGAUCACUUAACGUGAUAUGCAAGUAUCCCGAUGUAUAGUUUUAUUGUUCAGAUAAUUUGUGUUCCCCUGUAUCCAAGGGACUUUGCUCCAUUCUGAUUUUCAUCGGCAUAUGCUGUUUGCUGAUAGAAAUCGAUGCAGACACAUUAGAACCAAUGGAUUUGAGAUGGGCAAUUUUUCUCUGGAUGACUCUACAUAUUAAGACACAUGUCUGCUCAUUGUAAAUGAUGUAGGCGAACAGGCGACGCUUUGAACAAACCACUUAGUGUUAAAAGGCUCUUUAUGUUACCCCUAGAUCCUCUCCCAAGCGGUGCAGAGUGUAACAGUUAUUAUUCCCCCCUUUACUUCAGCAUCAUCCCGCUUUUGGUCAUACUUUUCAUAUUCUUUAGAACUGAAAAGAUCAACUAUGCCAAAUGUGAUUUCCUUAUGACUUUACUCAUAUCAGUAUAUUGAUAAGAUUAUCACAGCCAAUGUGGUUUCUACAUGGUGUAUUCAUGUCGAGUGCGCUCCAACGGACGUUAAACAAUAGCAGACCGCUACUUCACAAAUACAAGAACGUAAGACAGUAAAAAAAUAGCUGGAUCUCCGUUUUGCACGGUGCUUUAUUAGGUCCCGGGUGCUAGUAAUAUGGAAAUAUUUAUGUAAUGUAAAGAAUAACAUUUAGAUUGUGAUACAAAGACCAAGUGACAGGAAUCUUUGACUUACGGUGCACGACGAGGCAAUGCAAAAUAGGGCGUGAUAGGGAUGUUUUGAUAUUUGCUAUGUAACAAUGUUGAACAAUUCAACGGAUAAUAGGUUUCAAAUUAGUGUCCUACACUAUAAUAAGUUAUCGUCUAGUAACGUCUAUAAGAUAUAUCCGAGUGUAAGCUGUAUCUAUAGUCAACUAUGAGGUUGUUCUGAAUCUCAUAUAACAGCACAGCCGUUAACUAUUUAAUGAAAGCGCUACGAGAAGUUCAGCAAAGCAUUGGACUUUUCAAAGUGAUGAGUAGAUUGUUCAAUGGACUAGUGUAUUCAAUGUGUUCAUUUAUUGGUCAUCUUUGUGCCGAUGUCGGCUAUAAUCACUGCCAACAACAAAGUUAUUUGAGGAAAUGUUGCAUUCCAUGCGUUAUGUAUAAUUGUAAAUAAAUUCAAGUGUAACUAAUUAAAAAUGUAAAACAGA